AUGUCCAAGUCCAAGGCUCCUCUUUACCUCGGCCUCACUGCUGCUGGCGGUGUCGGCUACUACCUAUACAGCGCUGGCGGCAACCCUACCGCCGCGGAGAAGAAGUUUGAGAGUAUGUUUUCCUCAUCGAAUCAUCGCCUUGGCUAUGGCUGUAUCUUGAAUACUGACCCGCCCUAUCCAGGUGACGUUCACAAGGCCUCUGCCGAGGUCAAGUCUCAUCUUCCCGGACGCACUCCCGACGCUCAGAACAAGGGCGCGCAAGUCGGUGCUAAGCUCGACGAGGCCGUCGCCGAGGUCGACAAGAAAUUUUCUGCCACCAAGAGCAACGUCGAGGCGUAUGCCAAGGAUGCAAAGGCUGAGGCCUUGAAGAAGGUUGACGCCUUUGACAAGACCGUCGAGACCGAGGCUGCCAAGGCGAAGAGCGGCAUCUCCAGCUGGUUCGGCGGCAAAUAA